CUACUACAUAGUACACAUCGAGGCAACCGAAAAUAGAGGUCCUGUCGCGACUGGUCGUCAUGGCGACCGAUCAUGCCGUAUACUAACGCACUAAAUAGUAUUAUGCGAUAGUCUGAGGGUAGUAAGGGGAGUGCUUUGAGGCGCACUAGUUAGCCAUACUAUGUAGUAAGGAAGUAUGCGGAUUGUGGACGGAGCCAUUUAGGAGCGUGUCCUGGAACCGAGCAGAAGUGGAAGGCAUUAAAUCUGGAAGGAAGGAAGAAGGGUCCGGGCUACAGCAAUGAUUUCCUAAGCAGCAAAGGAGGAAAGUAUCCUAAAAGGGUCCAAACAUCUGCAUCAGCCUGGUGGGAGAUCAUGGAUCUUACGGCUGAGACCAACAGAAUGACCUCUGACCACCCGGACCAGGCGGAUCUACAUGCUCAAGAUGUGCACACACACACUGAGAAAGCUGCACCUGCACACACAGGCUGUGGAGCAGUGCUGGUGGUGUGCGCUGUGUCUGUGGCCUCCUUCAGUGGUCUCAUGCUGGGCUAUGAGAUGGGACUGAUCUCUGGAGCGCUGCUCCAGCUCAGGGAAGUACUGGCGCUCUCGUGCCCGCAGCAGGAACAAGCCGUGGGUGCCCUGCUGCUCGGAGCAUUCCUACUCUCAGUGGUAGGUGGCACUGUUGUGGACCGCUACGGACGCCGUUUCUCCAUCAUCCUCACGGCGGCGCUGUGCGCAUGUGGCACACUGCUGAGCGUUUGCGCUCCCUCCUUCUGGACACUGAUGGUGGGCCGUGUGUUGGUGGGAAUGGCCGUGGCACUCUCGGGCACGGCGUCCUGCCUGUACAUUGCGGAGGUGGCGCCUGCUGCCUGGCGCGGGAGGUGCGUAUGCGUCUACGAGCUGAUGGUGGUCCUGGGGGUCCUGCUGGGAUUCGGGCUGAGUUGGGCAUUUGCAGGAAUGGUGGACGGUUGGAGAUUCACGUUGAGCGGAGUUCUGGUGCCUGCAUGCCUGCAGAUGUGCAUCAUGCCGGUGUUGCCCCAAAGUCCGCGAUUUCUCCUGACCAGGCGCAGACAGACGGAGGCACGAAAAACUCUCGCUCGUUUACGGGGGACCGUCUCAGAAGCGGUGGAGGAGGAGCUGAAGGUAAUCAUGGCAGCUCUGGGUGCUGAGCACCAACAGGGCUUCAUGGAUCUGUUCCGAUCUGGUGCCAAUAUGCGAAGGAGGAUGUUUGUGGGAAUGGCACUGGUGUUUCUCCAGCAGGCUACGGGGCAGCCCAACCUUCUGGCCUAUGCCUCCACGGUACUGCGCGGGGUGGGAUUCCACAGUAACGAAGCUGCUACGCUUGCCUCCACCGGCCUCGGGGUGGUUAAACUGAUCGGUACCAUCCCAGCAGUCUUAUUAGUGGACCGGGUCGGGCCCAAAGCUUUCCUUUGUGUAGGUGCUGUCGUUAUGACGCUCUCGACGGCUGCGUUAGGUGGCGUAACACUACACAGCCAAACACAAAUGGCCAGCUUGUGCCAGAGCCCAGGCCUCCUAAAUCAAUCCCUGAUGUGGAAGAGACAUGAUGCUGGCAUUAGGACAAACACACAUCAUGCUGAUUUUUUCUCAGAACACAAUAACUCUCGUCUUCGAAUAAACCCUUUUAAACACACUCAGGGGCCCUGGAACGCCACAGAGAAUCACAGAGCAGCUGUAACGAACUCCGUGACACCAGCGGAGGGUUCUUGGAAAGCGAGAUCUGAGAUUUCACUAGAAUCCAUGUCAGUAAAUGAGGUGCCUCCUUCCCUGAAAUGGAUCUCGCUGGUCAGUCUGCUUGUUUAUGUGGCAGCUUUCUCAUUCAGCCUGGGACCAAUGGUCUAUGUGGUUUUGAGUGAGAUCUUCCCCACCGGGAUCAGAGGAAAAGCCGUGUCGGUUGUCUCUGCCUUUAACUGGGCCAUGAACCUGCUCAUAUCAAUGACCUUCUUCACGCUCACAGAGAAGGCCGGCCUCCCCACCGUCAUCUUCUCAUACAGCGCUAUGAGCUUCGUGCUGCUCAUAUUCGUGAUCGUGUUCGUACCGGAGACGAGGGGCCGAUCCCUGGAGCAGAUCUCCAAAGAGCUUGCCAUGAAGAACCACCUCGACAGCACGCUGUUGUGCCAGCGAUGGCGAAAGAAGCCCAAAACUGACCUGAGACAAGAAGAGAAGUCCCUGUCAGUAGUCUGAUCCCAAGCCAACAGAGAUAAUGAAGGAGCACGAAGAAGGGUGUGUUUCGUCACCCAGUGACGACCUGAUUAGGACUAGAAAUGCCUGUAGUAGUGAGGAGGCUGAGCCUAUCCUGAUAUUAAAGGUAGAUCUCAUGGUCAGUAAAACGGCUGUCCACGUGUACUGCCAUGCAUUCUGAAACGCA